GCCGCGCGCCGGGGCAUGCGCAUUGAGGACCCUGCGGAGAAGCGACGCUGGAGUUUCAGUGUGGCUGCUUCCCCUCCCUCUCUGUGUCGGUCCGGUCCCUCGGCCCUGCCUCGGAGCUGAGCCCAGCCUGGACCGGACCGGCCUGUGCUGCUGGCCAGGCCUCCUGAAGCCCAGUGGCCUCAAAGCAGCUUUGAGCCCCGGUCUGAAGGCAGUGAUGAGCAAUGCGCUUCAGAGAAGCCCCCCAGCUGCUGUAGCUUGAAGCCUUUCUGUGACGCCGGGCACCUGAGAAGAUGGCUUCGUACCCCAGCCCCAUAGUGGUGGCUGUGUGGGAGUGGCAGGAUGAGGUUGGCACCUGGCACCCCUACAGUGCCACUGUGUGUAGCUAUAUCGAACAGCAGUUCAUGACUCAGAAGGGCCAGCGAUAUGGAUUGGGCAGCUUGGCCAAUAGCAUUCCCUUGGGCCAAGCUGACCCCACACUGGCACCCUACAUCAUCGAUCUCCCCAGCUGGACCCAGUUUCGUCAAGACACAGGGACCAUGCGUUCAGUGCGACGCCAUCUGUACCCUCAGCAGUCUGCCGCGGGGAGGGGCAUCGUCUGGGAGUGGCUGAAUGACGACGGGGCUUGGGCGGCCUAUGAGAUGAACGUCUGCGAGUACCUGGAGCAGCAGCUGGCCAGGGGGGCCCAGCUCAUCGACCUGUCCCCUCUGGGCUACAGCUACGAAGUGGACUGCGGCACCUACACUCAGGUCAACAAGGUGUCACGUUAUCGCCGCCGCGUGCAGCGGCGCCAGGGCCCCACGUACCCUGUGACGGCCGUCAUCGCCGUGCCCGGCCACGUGGGGACGGGUUGCUCGUGCCAUCAGUGCCUCGCAAACAGUGGGUCUGGCCCCGUCAGCAGCCGCUACCGACACUCUGUGACGAGCCUCCCUACGCACGUAGCGCCCCAGCCGGCCCACCGGACUGCCCCUGCAGGGGUCUACACAGCCUACGCGCCCUACAGCAAGCCUUCCUUGUCUGGGGCCAGGUCUGCUCCGAGGCUCAACGCUUCCAACCCCUGGAGCAUGGUGGCCCCGGUCAUGGGAGUGGUCCCCGUCUACCCAUCCAGCCUUCCGCACCUAGCACCUCAGCGCCCACCCCCGGGACCUGCUCCAGCUCAAAUCAGUAGCUCCUUCCCAGGCCUUCCUGUGACUGUCCCCACCAGUGUUCCCAACACUACAUCUGUGAGUGCCCCUGCUAGCGUCCCCAGCGUUCCUGUGCAGAUGCCGAAGCCGAGCAAGGUCCAGCAGGCCCUCACAGGCAUGACGAGUAUUCUGAUGUCAGCCAUCGGACUCCCUGUGUGUCUUACCCGUGCACCACAGCCUGCCAGCCCUCCUGCCUCCUGUAUGCCCACUAAAAAUCACAGCUCAGUCAAGAGACUGAGGAAAAUGUCCGUGAAAGAUACAACAUCGCAGGAGCCUGAGCAGGUGCUUAAAAGCUACUCUGAAGAGCUGAAGACCCCCCCUGAUGAGGAUUGUAUCAUCUGCAUGGAGAAGUUGUCCGCCUCCUCUGGCUACAGUGAUGUGAUAGAGAGCAAGAAAAUCGGUCCCGACGUGGUGGGGCGGCUCACCAAAUGCGGCCAUGCCUUUCAUCUGCUCUGCGUGCUGGCCAUGUACCGGACUGGGAACAAGGACGGAAGCCUUCAGUGCCCUUCCUGUAAAACUAUCUAUGGGGAGAAAACUGGAACUCAGCCCAAAGGAAAGAUGGAGUUUGCUGUGUUCAAGGCCUCCCUCCCUGGCCACGAAGACUGCGGGACGAUAGAGAUCAUUUAUAACAUCCCUCGAGGAAUUCAGGGUCCUGAGCAUCCGAACCCAGGAAAGCCAUUCACAGCCAGGGGGUUUCCCCGUCACUGCUAUCUCCCUGACAAUGCCCAGGGUAGAAAGGUUUUGGAACUCCUGAAGGUGGCCUGGAAGAGGCGCCUGAUCUUCACGAUUGGAACCUCGAACACCACGGGUGAAGCGGACACGGUGGUGUGGAAUGAGAUCCACCACAAGACAGAGAUGGGUCACAAUGUGACCGGCCAUGGCUACCCUGACCCCAACUACCUGGACAAUGUGCUGGCCGAGCUGGCCGCGCAGGGAGUGACUGAAGACUGUCUCAAGGAGUGACGUCCUGGAGUCCCUAGGACCGAGACACCGGCUCCGCCCCAAGGGACCCUCUAACUCGCACCGCCUCACGGCCCCAUCUCCUCCCUCGUCCUGUUUGGAGCAAUAACGCAUUUGGGGGCUGGUCAUUGACCAAGCAGUCGAGAGGUCGUUUUUAUCUAAGGUCAAAAUAAUCCUCCGAGAUGUCGAUGCCGUGCGCGCGGGGCAUCUUGUCACACUGGGUGCCUGGAAUUCUUCCUAGUUUGCACAUCUUGACUUACUGUGCUUGAUCUGUCCACAGAAAAGGGCAGAAGCCUGGGUAGUCAUCUGGCGGGUCCAAAAGAUGCAGCUACCUCGAUGAGUCCAGGCCCGUUCUGUGUGCUGGCUGUGGCGGGCUCCGGAGCAGUGGUGCCUGCAGAUCCAGCCUGGCGUCCUUUGAGGGGACGACCCCUCGCCCACCCAUUUUGAUGGGCUCUGGGUCGGCUCUUCCUUCAUACCUCACUGCUGGUUUUAGGAAUUUCUAUACUUUUUUUUUUCUUGCAAUAAACUCGAAAUACCUAUAA